AUGGAUCCAAAUAUUGAUAUGAAGGGCAGCAGUGGCGGCGGAGUUGCAGGCGUUGGUUUGGACAGCGAUUUCUUCAUCUUCUUGGCCUUGAGGUCGGCGCCGUGGGGGCUCUUGGCGGCGUCGUGGUGGCUCUUUCGUCGUUCUGAAUCGGAACAAGAGAGAUUGGGGGACGAAGACACGGCUAGUAGCUGCGUCUUCGUCGGAGCUCAGGAGAGGGAGCCGAUGGCGGUGAACUCCAUUGGUGGCCGCAAGAACUUAAUGAUGGUGAUCUUCAAAAGACUGAUGCUUUAUUCCAUCGCUGUAUUCAAGAUGGGCGUGGUCUCAUUAACCAACUUCAUGGCAGAUUUUGCCCCAAACGAGAUGCUUUGAGUAUUUGCAAAGUUCGAAAUCUAUUGUCUUCUUUCUUUCAGUCUUGACAUCUCCAUCAGCCCGACUAAAGACCAUCCUCAGAGAGUUCAUCCAAAAAUCUGACAGCAGCCUAUCUAAGACUUUAUUUGAGUGAUGUUUACUUUGCACUUCAGGUGGCUCAAUUGGCUUUUAAUCAGAUUUCGGGUGCGCUCGGAUCUGGGCCAUUGUGAGUCCAACCUUUGAAGAUUGCUGGUUACAUUUUCUCUUUGCGCGCAUUCGAGCAGGCUAGAUGACUCAAUGGUGUUCUAUUAUGUUUGGCGAACAUGUGUUUCAACUCCACGAGCGCAUUCAACUUUAGCUUGGAGAGAAGUGAAUUUGUCGAUGCAUAGCCGACCUCAAUGCCAGAUGACUCAAUUCUUUGACAGGUCUUGGGUGCGCUCAGGCCUGGGAUUGUUUGAAUCUGGUUUGAGUGAGGUUGUUGUUAUGUUUGGCAUCUCACGAAGUUGGGAGAAUUAUGCACAACGGCUCGAGAAGAUUGAGUAUUUUCUUCUUGAUGCUUAAGCCAAGGAGAAUGAAGCCAUCGUCCGAAUUGCUUUGAUCAAGGAAGUGCUUGCUAUGAUAGAGAGGUGGAAGACAGAGAUGACGUUGUCCUUCAAGCAAGAUAGUGCCUCCUUUCAUAUUGUCCGAGGUGCAAUCCCAGAAUUCAAAAGAGAUUUUGACAAACAUAAAGUUGCACAUGUUGAUGAGGAAAUGCUGCGGAAUUUUGAAGACUUCAGAGUCACUUUUGAUCUCUGCUCAGAGAACUUUGGAGGAUCAAGACCCAUUUGCUUAGUAUUGGUGCAAACCGCAGUUUCUAUCAUUUCUCUCUUGAUGAUUCUUAUUUGGUUUGUGAUGGAUAUUUUGACAUCUUCUCCAAA